GUGCAUCAAGGCAGUUUCAGAUUGAGUAGAGAGAGCAGACGUGGACCAAAAAAAUGACCAGCCUCAAACUGUCUCUGUUUCUCAUCGUGUCAUGCAGAUUUACGACAUAUGCAAGAGAGGUUUUGUCCGAGAACCUCUAUAGCUUUACCACUAUGGCAGGCGCCUCCUACAGCAACGAAGUUCAGGAAAUUGUGGACAAAUUGGAUGUUGAUGUCAAUGAUAAGCACGACGUCAUUUCAGCCCUUUGGAGACCCGUGGAAAUAGCAGCUUUUCCGGAUAAUUGGACUUACUAUAUUGAGGAAUCUGUCAAUGGAGUUGUCCAUAGAAUGAACAUUUUAGUUUUGUCUGAAGAUGACUAUGGAAUAAUUCAUGGACAGCAAUAUGAUGUCAAACGACCAAUUGAUUACAAACCGAAACAAUAUGAAUUUGCAGACCUGACAAAUGUUGAAUUGGAAUCUUCCACGCCAAAACCCGGAUGUGAAAUUUUGUUCACUCGAAUCGAGAGGAAUGUAUACAUUGGAACUUACCUGGACUGUGAGUCCAAGACACAUCUCAGUGCCCCUCCCCCCUACAGCUUCACUCUCACUUGCAAUACGAUCGCUGCCUUUGUCUGCAGCCGUUCGUCGUUCGAGCUGUACGCCAGACUGUCUUAUAUUUUCUUCAAAAAAGAAAGAUAUGCACUUCCAGCCCAGUGGAUUGAAGGAGUUAAUUACACUGACCCUUGUAGUUUGAGCUAAAAAGCUGUCCAGUCAAAACAAUGGACACUAUCAUCUCUCUAAUGUAUUUUUUAAAUAAUCUUUUAAAACUAGUUUCCUCUUUUUUAUCUGGAUUAUAAUUUCUUCUUGAAAAUAAUUAUUCGAAAUUUAAUUUUGAUGUUUUGAAUGCAGCGUGAUCUUCACAAGAUUUUAACCAACAAAUUGGGACGCAAUCUGUUUGAGGGUGACAAAACAGACAUUUGUGGGGGUACCUAAAGACAAUGUAGUGUGUAUUUUAAAAUUGUUGAUUGGAGACCAAAAGUCAUAUUUUGUUAUAUUUUUUUUAUUCUAUCGUAAAAUAUUUUUUUCAAAACACAGAAAAAAAAGUACUGUUUCUGCUAUUUUCUCAAUUUUAAAUCUCAAAUUGUAACAUUAUUGUAGCAUUCAUAUUCAUUGUGCCAUCACAAAAGAAAUACAAGACACCGAAAGUAGGGACAAAUAGGCACAAACACUCUUUAUUCCCACUAGCAUGUACACAUUUUGAAUAAAAUUUAACUAUCUGAUAUAAACAUUUCACAUGUAAAUUUUGAGUGGGUCUGGUGUGAAUGUAUAUUUUUUUUAAUAGUUAUAGUGUUUUGUUUGGUGUAAUGCAAUUGUAAGACAAAUUUCCUUAUGGAUAAUAAAGAUUAUUAUUAUUAUUAUCUUAUUAAUAAAUAUAGAUCAUUCCUGAA